AUGCUUGCUAGAGAAAAACUACAUGAAUCCAGAAAACUUAUUGGCAGAAGAUCAAAUUUUACUGUAUAUCAGAAAAUUCAGAAAGGAGAGAAACAUUACAUAUGUAAUGAAUGUGGGAAAGCCUUUAGCCGGAAGGGACAUCUUGUUUCCCAUCAGAGAACUCAUACUGGAGAGAAACCAUUUCAGUGUAAUGAAUGUGGGAAAGCCUUUAGCUGGAAGGAAAGUCUUAUUAUUCAUCAAAUUAUUCAUACUGGAGUAAAACCAUUUAAAUGUAAUGAAUGUGGGAAAGCCUUUAGUCAAAAGAGAAAACUUAUUAACCAUCAGAGAAUUCAUACUGGAGAGAAACCAUUUAAAUGUAAUGAAUGUGGGAAAGCUUUUAGCUGGAAGGAAAGUCUUAUUACUCAUCAGAGUACUCAUACUGGAGAAAAACCAUUUGAAUGUAAUGAAUGUGGGAAAACUUUCAGUGCAAGGAAAAGCCUUAUAAAACAUCAGAGCAUUCAUACUGGAGAGAAACCAUUCCAAUGUAAUGAAUGUGGGAAAGCCUUUAGUCAAAAGGUAAAUCUUAUUACUCAUCAGAGUACCCAUACUGGAGAAAAACCAUUUGAAUGUAAUGAAUGUGGAAAAGCCUUUAGCCGGAAGGGACAUCUUGUUUCCCAUCAGAGAACUCACACUGGAGAGAAACCAUUUGAAUGUAAUGAAUGUGGGAAAGCCUUUACCUGGAAGGAAAGUCUUAUUAUUCAUCAGAUUAUUCAUACUGGAGAGAAACCAUUUAAAUGUAAUGAGUGUGGAAAAACCUUUACUCAAAAAAGAAAACUUAUUACCCAUCAGAGAACUCAUACUGGAGAGAAAUCAUUUGAAUGUAAUGAAUGUGGAAAAGAUUUUAGCUGGAAAGAAAGUCUUAUUGCUCAUCAGAGUACUCAUACUGGAGAGAAACCAUUUGAAUGUAAUGAAUGUGGAAAAGCUUUCAGUGUAAGGCAAAGCCUUAUAAAACAUCAGAGAAUUCACACUGGAGAGAAACCAUUUCAGUGUAAUGAAUGUGGGAAAGCCUUUAGUCAGAAGGAAAGUCUUAAUGCCCAUAAAAGAACUCAUACUGGAGAGAAACCAUUUGAAUGUAAUGAAUGUGGGAAAGCCUUUAGUCAAAAGGUGAAUCUUACUACUCACCAGAGUAUUCAUACUGGAGAGAAACCUUUUGAAUGCAAUGAAUGUGGAAAAACUUUCAGUGUAAGGCAAAGCCUUAUAAAACAUCAGAGAAUUCAUACCGGAGAGAAACCAUUUCAAUGUAAUGAAUGUGGGAGAGCUUUUAGCUGGAAGGGAAGUCUUAUUAUCCAUCAGAGAACUCAUACUGGAGAAAAACCAUUUGAAUGUAAUGAAUGUGGGAAAGCCUUUAGUCAUAAGAGAAGAUUUAUUAUCCAUCAGAGAAUACAUACUGGAGAGAAACUAUUCGAAUGUAAUGAAUGUGGGAAAGAUUUUAGUUGUAAGGAAAGUCUUGUUACCCAUCAGAGAACUCAUACUGGAGAGAAACCAUUUAAAUGUAAUGAAUGUGGGAAAGCAUUUAGCCAAAAGGGAAGUCUUAAUAUCCAUCUGAGAACUCAUACUGGAGAGAAACCAUUUGAAUGUAAUAAAUGUGGAAAAAUGUUUAGUCAUAAGAAAAGCCUUGUUGUCCAUCAGAGAACUCAUACAGGAGAAAAAUAA